UGUUGCUGAAGCGGUUGCCGGGCAGCUUAAAGUCGCAGGAGGGAUGCCGGCCAAAGGUGUAGAUGUAGCCGGGCUCUCUCCGAGGCAGGACGACGGUCUCUAUCCGGCUAAUAUUGACGGUACUCACGAAGCGAGCAAAGACAGACUCGAGAUCAAACGCAGAGACGUAGGCAGUUUGCGUCUGCUGUGUUUCCUGUGUUUGCUGCAGUUGCGACGCCAUGAGGCCUGCUUGCGCUGCAAAUACCGAGGCUUGGAAAGGAGGCCUGACAAGCGGGCCUUGGCAAUGCGCACCUGCCGCAGAUGUACGACGGGACUCCGGGAGCAGUCAGAGAGAUGCAGAGCAAGGAAGGACGGGUCUAGGGUCGAUAUUGUUCUGGUUUCUGUCUUUUGUGCGCGACGCGACUCGAAACUUGAAAACGCGACAGAUGCAAGCCAAGGCUUAUAGCCAGCUAUCCGAGCAAGUCUAUGACAUCUACAGCAUAAAGUCACUCAGAUUCAAGCCAGAUCCAGUCGGUUUCUUCGUCUUGGCAUUCUGUGUCAUAGCCUUGAGCAGACCCUGCUGCCGCGCCUUCUUGCGCUCCUUGCUCUUGUUCUUCUCCUUGCCCUUCCCUGCCGGCCCUUCUGUCGUACUCGCCAGCCGAUCUCCAGCCUUGACCGGCCCUUUGGAGUCCAAUGGCGCCUUGAUGGCCGUUGCACCUGCCUGGCUCUCUUGUUUGAGCCGCCGCAGCGCCUGUUCACGCUGCCGGGCAAGGCAGGACGCCCGCGACGGCUUUUUGACGGGCGGCCGCUUCUCUAGAUAUCGACAUGCAGUGCAUAGCAGACCGGCUCGUUUGAUGAGUGUGUUUUCACCGUACUGACGGACGAGUGAACAUCUAGGACACACAUCGUGUAACGCAGAAGGAGAGAUGCCUAAUUGGCGAGAUCGUUCAGUAAGCGUACUCGAAGCAUAGCGUGACAAGGUCUGGUUAUUUGUGCGAUGGAGCAGAUGCGUAAGCUUCUCCAGAUGCCUGAUUUCCGCCUCGUCCAUC